AUGACGGACAGAGAGGACCUAGUUUACCAGGCGAAACUUGCCGAACAAGCAGAGAGAUAUGACGGUAAGGCUCCGAGAAGUACCAGUCACUGCAGCCCCUCUGCGCAGGGGGGCUUGCAGAUGCAGGUAGACCAGUUCACAUGGAUUUGUUAGGCGAGAGACAAAAUGGCGGAGAUUUCUCCACCAAAAUGAACCAGUAACCGUUUAAGUUGAAGGUUUCACUUCAAACGGAAAGCACAUUUUGCUCAACGACGAGCGCUCAGGAUCCCGUUACCUGUCGGCGGUUUACAUUUAGCUUGCGUUAGUUAGCUAACGUAAGCUAUAAUUGCUAACUAGCUGGCUAGCCUUUCUUCAGCCACGACACGCGUCACGUCAAACUACUCAGAAUUACAGGGGUACACGGCAGACCCCCUUCAACGUUGACUUCUACCACCUCUGAAUAUUUUGUUUUUAUUCAACCCAAGUGGAACAAACUACUCUCAAAGGGGGCAGCCAGUUGAAACAUAUUCGCAAACUUAGCUAUACUUAACGCCAAUGUACCGCUCCCACCUAAGGCAUGGGCUCCUCGAAGCGAACUGACGCGCGGCAAGAUUCGAUCCUAGUCAUUGUGUAUUGCAAGCGGCAGAUUCAAUGCGAUAAAGAAUGCGGCUAUACGAAGCGACGCGAACCCAGCCAGCAGCCCCACCGUAACGCCCGUGUAUUAAGUUUAUUACCGAGCUGGGGAGCCGUUUGAUCAAGUCAGAGCCGUUAUGGGAGAAGAUGUUUAAGCCAACUGGGAACUUGAUGGAGUUGGCUAAGACUACUUUUUUUAUCAGCACAUUGAACGUUUUAUUCUCAGCUCGGGUUAGCGUCAGGUAGUGGGGGAUCAAUAAACUGUGUAAAAGGUUACAUGUGUUAUUUCACAUUUUUCACUUUAGUGGAGUCAGUAAUGUCUGCUGGACUGGGUUCCUUGAUUAAUGGUCGUACCAACAUGGGCGUGGCUUAAAGCAUUGCCUCCACGUGAUUUGUCAUUUAACAAUCAUUACUUUAAGUAGCAAAGCUUUAGCAAACUUAUAAGAUGGAAAAAAAGAUAAUAAAAAAAAGCUUUAAAGCCCUCUAGAUAUGUCCCUGAUAUUAGUUAUGCCUUUCAACUGUAUUCAAGUACUGCUCUCUCUGCAUGUUUUUGUUCAUGUCUCUUCUGCUUGUUAAAAAUUAGUUUAAUGUCAGAUUACAUAAACAUGACAGUUUUUUCUCUUUUACACGCUCUAUUAAUGCAAGCUUUUAUUAUUGAAAGCUCACAAGAGUAGCAUUGACUUUUUUUUGUAAAACAGACAAAUUGAGUGAGGCAUCAUCAUAGUUAUUGUAAAAAAUGUUUAGUGAUGCAUUUUGUAACUACUGGCAGCUCUUUGCUCUUUUCAUCUCUGAUUGCGUAAGUCUGAAACAGCUCCGUCAUGCUACUAUUUAAUGCAUCCUUUCUAUAUUGAUCCCGCAACAGGUUCAGGGUACAAUUGUGUGAUUUCAUAGUGCAUCAUGGUGUCGUAAAGGCGUGAGUGUUAAACACAGAGGAGAGCUCUGUAAAAUGCACACACACAUGCACGCACGCACGUACACGCACAGGGGUGUUCCAACCUGCCUGCUCUGCUGCCUCAUAAUAGCUGCGUUUCCUCCAAGCAGUUUUAAGUUUGGUUUAGUGCUCCUCACUAAGGGAGUGUGUUGGCUGCUAUUGGUUGGCUUGGUUUUCAACUCGGUGUAUACUAAAGGAGUAGACACCCCAACAGACAUAAAAAUGUAUCUGUAUCUACUAGAUAGUCAUAAUGUCACAAGCAUGGCACAUGCACUUAUAAAGUAUGUUUUUUCAAAUUAAAAGCCUGAUCCUGUUUUCUUUUUUCUUUUACCCUCUGUGCAUACACUCCCCUUGUUUUUGCACAACGCUUUUACUGUCAAUUUGUGUCCAGGUUAGUUACUUUGCAAAAUAUGUAAUUUGUAUGAUUUUUGGAAUUAUUGAUCACAUUGGUUGUUGGUAAGCUAAGUUGAAUAUUAUUAACUUACGAGGCUGUAAUUCUUUUACAAUCUUUCUCUCUCUUUGCGUCCACCUCUGUGCCCCUCUCUCUGCUCAGCUGGAGUCGGUGUAAACAGGGCGUUUGAGCACUUGAGUAUCCCUGAUUUGGAGAGAAGAAAAAAUAGCAGGGUAAUUGAAUUCAGAAAGUAAUGAUCUACCAUAAAAGCGUCCUUUUCUUCUUCUGGUGAUGGACUAAUUGUUGCAUCUCUACUAAAGUGUGCACAGCUGCUCCUAACCUCACAUCGUUCACUGUGUAACGUGUCAGGACAAGACAUUGACCAAACAUGGCGUCGUAUCAAUUUAUGCCCAUAAAAUACAUUGGCUGUGUACACAGGGAGUCUACUGGUGGAGAACUGGGGAACAAUAUCUGUAAUAGGAAAAACAAACUGCAGGAGACAAUCUGAAGCCAAGUUUUAAUAUCAGGGUAAUUUAUCUCUCAACACAAAGUCAUUUAGCUCAAGCUGCCUUUUCUCUCUGUGUCAGUGCAACACACACACACACACACACACACACACACACACACACACACACACACACACACACACACACACACACACACACACUGUAAAGUUGGAUAAGAGAUGUGCCAAAGGGGAGUGAUUUGCCUGUAUCUUUUAAUAGUUCUCGCUCCCUGUGAAGGAGUAAGCCCGAUUCCAUUGUGAAAAAUAGAGAUAAACACUCAAAGUCAACAGAUUGCAGGGUUUUACAUAUUCAGAGUUGUUAAUAAAAUGUAUUGACUGUAUGAUAUCCUCUGUCAGUAUACAUCGCAGAGCCGCUGAGAUGGUACCAUAGCUUUUCUUCUUGUAGCAUCAGAGAGUGUUAACUUGACAUGCAUCAUAAGGACUUGACACGUCUCUCCAGAUAUUUGUAAAAAAGUCAUUGAUUAACCACCAGUAUUACGUAUUACAUAGUUAAGAUAUAUUAUAGAGCUAGAUGAGCCAUUCACUGCUAAGUGCUAUUCAGUGCUAAGGCUGCAAAUUUUACUGCAAUAUGUACAUUUGCACUAGAAGAAAAGGUCUGAAUUUGUGCCAACGAGGAAAUGAUUUGGCUGCAUACAGCCAGUGUUUUCUUACCUGUUUGAUUGAGGCACUAUGGUCAUGCUUUUGUACCACUUUGGUGAGAUGACGCUUUAACUAGCUGCCGGCUAUCCUUAGAUUUAUUGGUGAUCAUCGAGCGAUGAAAACUGCUUUUCGGAUGCUUUUUAGACAACGAGAACUGUGUUAUUUCAAUGGAUAUGCAUUGUUAAUAUUGUUUGUUUACCGUACUUUUUUAAAUCAAACUUAAUUAUUGUGUUGUGCAGGCCCAGGGUCAGAUUUGCAUGUGAAAGACUUAGGCAAAUAUGGUCAAAGAGAAUGACAGCAGAUGACGUAAUCGCCUGUGUUUCUCACAACAGAAUAAAUAUGAGGACAUUUAUCGUAAUGUCAGUUCGUUCCAAUAUCAUGCAGCUGUAAUUAGUGUGCUCUGUGUACUGAUUUUUGUGUUUUGAAUGUGCCGCGCACAGAUGCAUCAUUUACCUGGAUGUGAAACUUGCUUCACUCUUAUUCUGCUUGUUUCUGUACUCAGUAAAUCUUGCCUAGUCUAAGACUGACGUCCCCCUGUAGUUAACGCUGCUAUCGCUAAUCAAGUGGCUUCACAUUCAGAACAGGUUGUUGUGGAAAAAGCUGAUGAGUGGUGAUGAUUCAUUCAAAUAAUGAGAUAAAAUAUUUGUCACCAUGAUGAUAUGUAGAGUUCCCACUCCUGUGUGUCAUUUUAGCAUCUAAAACAAAUCAACCUUAGCUUUCAUGUCUUCUCACCCCACCUUCACCCGUGCAGCUAUCAGGAUUGUUUUAUUGCAGGGCUUAACAGCUGCUUUGACAGUGAUGCAGUUUGGUAGCAAAUUAAUGACAAGCAGAUUUGCUGCCACCCACUUGUUAAAACUCGUUUUUCAAAUCUGCACCGAAGAAUCAACAAAGCCUUCUCAUUUCAGUGCUCGACUGCAAAUGUUGGCCCAUGAAAAGAGAGAAAAUAUGAAUGCUGACAAGGCCUGAUUGGCUACUGAUUGUUGUGAAAAGCACCAGCUUCCUCAUCCCCAAGUGUGCAUAAAUAAAUACGUUUGUGGUGGGUGGUUCUUCAGUCAAAAACAAAUUAAUUGUCUAUUUCUUGACUAUUUCAAUCAUCAGUUGCACUAGUUGCAUUAGUUUUACUGCCAGGACCACACAGCGUGCAACUUUGAAGACCGACUGUAACCUUCUUUUGUAGCAACCCAAGAAGUCAGUUUCCAUAAGAGGGUUAAAGAGUUGCAAGGUGGAAGGAGCUAUUUUAGGCUUCCCCAGUUGAGGGAGUGAGUCUCAUCCAUUUUUCCCAAAGACAAUUUUGCAUUAUUCACAGUUCAAGCACUUCUACAGCUUAGGUCAGCAUGAAACUCUUUAAUCAUGUGGAUGAAAAAUUCACAGCUCCCCUCUGGAGCUCUGAUUGAAAAGGUGAAGGGAGAAGCCCAUGUGCAUUAAAACUCCAACUCCCUUGUGGCAUUUUGGCGAGAAAGGUCAAAUCAUUGAGCCAAACCGCUUCUCCUCCCACCAUUAAUGACAGUUUGGAUGUAAAGAUGGUGGUCAUGAGUUUGUUAAUGUGGACUUGAGUGUCCUGGUUCAGGGCCUUAUCCGCCUUUCCAUCAUAUUUGGGAUAUGGGGUUAACAUGCACAAGUAAAAACGUGACUUGCACUUGUGUGCUGGUUUCUGGUUGUCAUCUCUUGAAGCUUGUAAAGCUAACCUUAGCUAAAUAACUUGGCUAGAUUGUGUGGGUCUCUCUGUAAAGGCUCAGCAUCUGUUGUACUAGAGAAGUCGACAUUAAGCAGCAGACGGUGACCAAGCAUCUUGUCAAAAUUUGAGACGUGCUGGUUCAGAGCUGCUUCUUUUACCUCUGAUGUUUAGUCAUGUAGUAUACUUGUAAAUAAUGUCACAUGCCUUCCUCUCCUGUAUGUGUUGGGAAACUACUGUCUUAUAUGAUUCUUCAAAACUCAGUUUCAGUGUUGCUCUGGAUUUAAGAUGCUGUCGUUGCUGCCACCAUGUUAAUCCUGCCUGUACGCCACUUGGCAGAUGCUGCCCCCGAAUAUGAUGCAUUUUUUACUCCCAGCCUGGAUGACUGGUCUUGUCUCUAUGGUAACAUUCAAAGUGGUAAGGAUGUUAGAGGUUUAGUAACCAGCACCUAUUGCUACAGUUACAGCCAAAACAUAUUGAAGGAGUCAAAGUUAGGAUUAUGGCUGCACAGUAAAUUGAUGUGCUGUUGUUACUAUGAUGAGAGCUUACACAGGAGCAGAAAUGGAGGGGUCUGGCAUAUGCAGAUGUGCAUUAGUAUUAAGAAAUUGGGAACUGAUUCCUUGUUUUGAGGGUCUUCAGUCAAACUUGAUUUUAGCACAUUAAAAAAGAAAAUAAUAAAUAUAUUUUUCAUCUUCAGCAUUGUUAUUAAAUUUCUGAUAAGGGUUAUACAAAUAAAUGUUACUGUAUGUGAUGGAAGUUCGUAUCCUGUAAACUCAAAACAUUAAAAACCGUCGUGUAUUUUCAUCACUUUGCCAACUUGUAAGUGUGAAGUAUCCAAAUAGCAAUUUUUAGCACCUGAAGGCUGAACCCUGAUUCGAAAUGAUGCCCGCCACUUUAGUCAGUGUGAAACUGCGCCCAGUUAAUUCCAGGCGUGUUUACUGCGUUAUAGUGGCAAAGCUUGUGAUGCUGAGAUUAUGUGUAAAAAAGCACAGCGGAGGUCAUUAGGUUUGUGUGAGAGCAGGUCGGGCUGCAGGGGUUAAGUGAUCAAAGCAGCACAGUGCUCCUCCUGGAUUUCCACCAGCGUGUAUCAGGUUUCUCCAGCGUGCUGCAUCGAGCCCCGCUAUUGGCCUCUGCAGAUAACACCACCCUGUCUGGAAGUUUAAGGCCCAGUGAUUGACACUCAGCUCUCAGCUUCAGGCCAGCAGCUUUGGCACAAGAGGUGUGACCGGUCUGCAGCAUGAUUCACACUUUGACUGAACAACUAAAUAAAAGAUCAUUACUGUCUUUUUCCUUUCAGCAGCACAUCACACAGUAUAUAUCACACACAUAGCAUAUAAUAGUAUAUGCUUUGGUUUAUUUACAAAUGAAAUAUUAAACAAUACUGUUUUGAUAUAUUGAAGUGUUUAGCAUGCUGCAUCCCUCCUUUUUACAUGAUUAAAGAGGCUCCAUAAUGCGUCUGUUUUAUGUCACUCUACAUGGAAGUCGAGUCCUCGUCUUUGCCCUCGAUUUUUCAUUCAUUCCUCACAUCCCAGCCCACUGCAUCACCUUGACGAUGAAGAAUCGAAAGCAUCAGACAGAUGUCACAUUGGUUUUAGCUGAGUGCUCCGGUUCGUUAUCCUUGAACAGUUCCCAGAAUCACUCCGUACAUAUCUAUAGGAGGUGAAUCUGUGCAUUAGAGGAGCCAUUGUUGGGCAGAGCUCCAGCCACUCCAUCAAUAAAAUACUGGGGAUGACAGAAGCUUUUAAAGGCUCUGCAUUGUGAUCUUAAAUCCUUGUUAAUGGAAGGACCAGCUACCUAUUUACGUUUAAGAGAAUGGAUUUAUGUACCUCUUCUUUACCUCAAAUUGUAAUGACUCUUUUACAGAAAGCGGCUCCACAUUUCCUACCAAUUAGUGAUAGAUUAUUUCCAGAUUACAUCAUAUGUUAAAACUGGCUAUAUAAGCAAGUUGAUUUGGCUCCUCCCAUCAGUCCUGGAGGGGUAAAACAGACUGGAAACAGGAAUGGAGAUUACUGGCAAUGAUAAAAUUACAGAAGAGAUAAACAAAAUGAUUUUUAUCUGUUAUCUUUAAACACAUUUUGUUUAGGGUCUUCAAAGUGGAUGCAAAGUUUGAAUCAGUCUUAAAACUCGUGGGGAACUUUUGGUUUGUAUCAGCUUUGGUGCCCCCCAGUGGACAAAGCAGUCUUGCUCUAAAGUCGUAACAGAGGAAAAGAAAAUGUCACCCUGUUGACUUUUGGCAAAUUUAUUAAUUACUGUAAGUUUGUACAAACAAGGCUGUUUCUUCAGCUGCUUGGUCUGCUUUUGUUUUGUUUUUGUAGUCAACUAACACUCAUGGUGAUUAUUGUUGAAUAUCUUGAGUGUCUUCCUCAUCAGUUGAGCUGUUUUUUGAUCUACAAAAUGCCAGUGAAUGGUGAAAAAUGAAGAUUAGUAUUUCACACAAACAUCUACAGCAAAUAUAUUUACUUAAAUAUUUGCUAAUCAAGAGUUUUAAUCAUCAUACUGUUGUGAUUGAUUUGACUGCUUGUCUGUGAUCACAGCUGUACUCUUGAGUUUUAUCUAUUAGAAGCUGUAGCUCGCAUAUCUGCAGCACGAACCAUUUGAAACUUAAAAGAGAAGCAGGACUCUGCCUGAAGUGAUAGGUCUUAGGAGAGACCAAUUAGUGGCUAAUCAUUGGUCGAUUAUAGCCGGAAAGAUAACAAGUGAUGUAGAGGUGUGGUGGUGAGACUCCUAGUGGGACCAGUCAGUUCAUUUAAGCUGAACAGACACUACAGAAAUGAAUCCUGGUUUAAUAUGCAGAGUUUUUAGCAAUGAUGCGCUUUGAUUUUGGUAAAAAAAGAAGAUAAGGUGAGAAGUAAAGAUGGUCGUCACCUUUGGGAGGGAGCAGUAGAUGGUGUGAUAUAUUACCGCCUUCAAUUUCCCUCAAAAACCAUUCAGGACUCGCCCUCCUUUAAAGUCAUGUCUAGCAAGAACAGAACAUACUUAAGUAGAGUUCAGAAAAUUCACCACAAAUACAGAGUAGACUGUUGGAGAACAAAGAAGCCUUUUAGAUCAACUUGAUUCAAUGAUUUGUGUGAUAUCCAAAAGAGAGCUUCUCAUCUAUCAGUAACCAAGAUAUCUAUACUCUUGAACUCUCAUGACUGCAGGUUGUCAGCACAAUAGAAAACUUUGUCACCCACUUAUAACUUUACAUGGCUAUUUGUUAAAAAAGGGAACGAUAGGAGAAAUACAAAAAAAGUAAUGGGCCCAACAUAGACCCCUGAGGUACACCGUAGGUCCAAAGAUGGGGACGAAGAGGGUGGUUGUGCUCUGAACCUGAGAAGCUGUUGCAGAGUUGUCUAUGUUGUUGGUAAGUCUAUUAAAAUAUAAACUUUAUUAACCGCAGAGAACUCACACAAACUUAGAGAGAUAUCACCAUAAUUAUGCAGGAAUACCACUGAAGGCAGAUUUUAUUUAGUUUUGUGGAGGUCGACUUGUUAACAGUACUCUGAGAAAAUAAAGUGAACUUAACGGUGCUAUGUGGAAGAGUCCUUCAGGGUUCUUGAACUUUUUGGUUAAAUUAAUUCUGUCUCCGUGGGUCUUUUCAGAAAUGGUGGAGUCGAUGAAGAAGGUGGCCAGUAUGGAUGUGGAGCUGACGGUGGAGGAGAGGAACCUGCUGUCUGUAGCGUACAAGAAUGUGAUCGGAGCCAGGCGAGCCUCCUGGAGGAUAAUCAGCAGCCUCGAACAGAAAGAAGAAAAUAAAGGAGGAGAGGACAAACUAAAGAUGAUCCGAGAAUACAGGAAAACGGUCAGACUCUGUUAUUAUCCUACACCUAUUGAGCGCUUGCUGGAAUAGAGAGCAAGGACAGCCCAGAUCUGUGUAUAAACAUUGUCGAAUCUACAUUAUUCUCAAGGUUUCAGUUUGUGAAGAUUUCCCUUCACAGUUAGAAGCUUCAGAAAACCUGAAAUCUUUGAAUUAUGGUCCCUUUGCGGUCUGUUUUUCGGUUUCCCCUCUAAAACAGUGAAAUGACAUUAAGCAGCUGCAAUCCUUGUGUGAUGUCUGAAACAGAUUCCAACAAAACGUUAACAGUCUUGUGUUAUUUUUGGGCUCAACACUGAUUCUCUCUUUGAUUCGGCUCUGGAGGGGAAUCAGACCCGAAUAGGUUGGAUUAUAGAGCAAAUAUCUCCUGCUUUCGAUGCUAAAAAUACAGUUUUGAAUUAGUCACAGGAAUGAAAACACAAAAUCCAAAGUGGCUGCCUCCUUCGUGUCUUCUUUCACGGCGAGGUGUGGUCGCUUCACUCUUCAGGAAAUCUCAUUCCCAUAUCCAGCAGGCACAAUGCCAGAGAUGCUCUUGUCUUUUUGGCUGCACUUUUUGAAAGUGCUCCUCCUCUGACCUCUCCACUUUGAGAGGAAAUGGUGAGAUUUCACAGCCCACCAACACUUGUCUGAGUGAAAUAAUGAGGUAGGCAGCAACCAUGAGUCAGCUUUAAAUCAAUUUCUCUUCCCUCUGCUGCAGACCGGCUCCCAGCCAAUGAGUUGACUGACAGAGUUAGGAGAGAGAUUUCAUAUGUCUGAUGGAAGAUAAUAGAUGUCUCUCACAGUUCAGCAUGUGGGGUUUAUGUUUUUGUACCUUUACCGAAUCCACACGCCGGCACAAAUACUGAGAAUUUCUACUUCAGCUUCGUUGUUUAAGGUCUGUCUGGGGACAAACCUUCUGUCGUCAUGCCAGAACUUAACAUUACAAUUAGAAGGAUAUCCAUUAGAGAUACUGAGACAUAGAGAGUCUAAAUGAUUCUGAACUCGCAGUAGAAAAAGAUUCCAAAAACUGGAUUCAAGAUGCUUUUUACUGUGAAAGGAUUUCUUUUCUAACUCCAAACUCUGUGAAUGCAAUUUCCACCAGGGGGCUGUUUUAUUUGCAGGACAUGUCUCUGCAUGGCGAUGUGGAAAAUGUCAGAUUUUAGAUGGUUGUCACCGGCCCUGUCACACAAUACCCAGACAUCCUCUCGGUGACAAAUGCUUCCACUGGAACUGACCCAGACUCUCCCUUGAGCACCUCUGCCGACUUUAAAAUAUUGUUUCUGCGGCGGUAGACGGAAUAUUUAAAAGGAUGAUCGAUACUUGGAACAAAAACAGAGGAAAUAUUGAUGUUUUUUAAUUCAUUCGUUUGACAUUAACAAUGUGACGUUCUCAGACGAGUUGAGUCGCAUAAAGAAGCUUUGAAUUGCUCCCAAACUUUUAUUCCCCGUGCAAAAGGUUCUGUGUGACCCUACGAGUGACUGUCAGCCUGAUUUGUGUCUUUCUGAUCUGCAGGUUGAGAAAGAGCUGAAAUCAAUCUGCAACGACAUUCUGGAUGUACUGGACAAGCACCUCAUUUUAGCUGCAACGACGGGAGAGUCCAAGGUUUUCUACUACAAAAUGUACGUAUCUGAAGUUUCCUCAUUCAAACCAUUGUUCUGCAGACAAACCAGAAUUUAAAGAUGUAAAAUAAAACAUUCAGAUCAGUAACAAAAUAAUGUGCUUCUAUGACCCCAUGACAAACAGGAGAAUCAUUCCUUUGCUCUAAAAAAAAUAAGGACAAGGUGUGCACACCGACCAAGUAUGCAUGUCAGAUUAGUGCUUAACAGUUCAGUGAGGAACAUCAUGUGCCUGUGAAAGAAGACUUCAGUCAAUAGAGCAACGAGUUCAGAGUGAUUGAAUGGGUAACGUCACAGAGGAUCCCUGUGUCGUCAGUUUACAUGGUGACAAAGGCGUGGUGUUCGGAUAAGAUUUUAAUCGGAGACACGGUUUUCAAAGUUUGUUUUCAGCCGCCUUAACCACAAUGUCUAUUGAAACAAAGCCGAGUCAAGAAUGACCAAAAUGCAAAUUCUAAACUGCGCUAAGAACUUGAGCAGAAACACGUGCUGAGCUCCACCAAAAUUUGACACGUACGAUAGAAAUGAACAAUAAAGAGAAUCGUCAAAGUGUCCCCUCCCAAUCACCAGGUAGAAUCCAAUCCAGUUGUGUGACGAUAUAAAGAAUCCUCAUGCUGUUGAAUGUAAACUUGACUGGUGCUUUACCAAGUCUUGUUUUUUUCUUACUGUUUAGCUUGGAGCCACAGGCCCGUUCCUUCUCCUGCACAGACCAGAGCUGCUUUAAUAAACAAACUCAAGUUCUCGACGGUCUUUGUGAAUCAUCUCAAUCAUUACCACACAGGAACAUUUAACCAACUAUUUUUUGAACUACCCCCCGUCCGGCUGCCUCUGUUAUUGUGAGGGUUUAAUUAUUAAACUAUAUCAGUGAAAUUCUGUCUGAUCGUCAGACUUUUUAAACUUUCUUUUUUCUAAUGGCUUCAAUAGUCUUUUGACUCUACUUCUAAAAUCACAGCAGGGCUCUUUUCAUUUACUCGGCUCAGCAAACUCUGAGCAGUAGACGCUGUUCUGCAUCCUCGGGUAACUCUUAGCUUGAAAUGUGUCACUGCAGCUCUGCCCAGCCUGUAUUAAACAUCUACUCUGAAGAGUAAUGUUUUACUUUUCAAACUGACUGACUAUCAAAAAUCAAGCUUUAACAAACAUUGUAUUUCUAAAGAAACUCUUUAUUUUUCAUUAUAUUAUUGACAGUAGGUUGAAGAAUGGUAUAAAAACACAACUAUCACUGAUCUUUGUGUGAUUACUUUUCAAACUCUGCAUCCCGUAGAUGAGAUGGAAACCAAAACUAUUUGUGCAUUGAAGUGUUGUGAUUUGAUCUGUACGUUUGCAUAAACGUCUCCUGUUCUUUCCCGAUUUCAGGAAGGGAGAUUACCACAGGUACCUGGCAGAGUUCGCCACAGGCAACGACAGGAAGGAGGCAGCAGAGAACAGUUUGGUUGCGUACAAAGCUGCUAGCGACAUCGCCAUGAUCGAACUCCCUCCAACGCACCCCAUCCGCCUUGGACUGGCCCUUAACUUUUCAGUUUUCUAUUAUGAAAUCCUCAACUCGCCAGACCGUGCAUGCAGGUAGGUGUGAUCCUCUUCUGCUGAGGGACAGCACAGAUAAAAUACUGCGAGCCGUCACCCGGUGCCAAACAGGUGACAGAAAAGGGUUGCACAGUUACAGGCGAGCUCAGGCAAGAAUUUAGAAAAGGGAGCAAUAGAGACAUUUUGUCUCAGGAGCAACUGAGGACCAGACUAGAACCAACAGACUGACUCCUCUUUGGAUUUAUCCGAGAUCCUUAAUAAAGCUACAUAUAUGUAUGAGCUGGUAGAGUGUUCAAAAGGUGGUUUAAGAUGAAUUUAAGGUUUAUUCUGCACACUAGAAUAAAUACUCCACAACAUGAAAGCUAAAAUGCUGAAAGUGAAGAGCAUUUAACAACAGCUGGACAAAAUCAGAAUCAACUUUCAUGGGUCUCAUGUUUGGUCAAAAUCCUUGUGUUUAAAAAAAAAAACAAAAAAAAAAAACGCUUGGACAUAAAAGUGAACUGUGUGUCGCAGCUGUUGUCUGACACUUCUGCAGGAUGUUGCCUUAAUGAUUUUGGCUCUAAAGAGCAGCAGAUAGCUCAUUUGAAUCCAGACAAAUAAGAUUUUACGCCCCCCGAUGAGGAGAAUCAAAAACAGGCAGAUGUUAAAAUUGUAAAAAUCCUGAAAACAGCCGGUGUUUUACAGCCGACCGUUUCUGACUGUGUGGUCUUGUGUCCUCUCUGCCGACAGUUUGGCGAAGCUGGCGUUCGACAAUGCCAUCGCAGAACUGGACACGCUGAGCGAGGAGAGCUAUAAGGACUCAACACUUAUCAUGCAGUUGCUACGUGACAACUUGACACUAUGGACCUCAGAUGUGCAGGGAGAUGGUGAGUUUUCGCUCAGACUGCAGCUGCACCUUUAAGUCAUCUUUCUUCCCGGUGACUGAUGAUCGCUUUAGGGGUGGAUCCGGAAGUCUCUGCAGUUUUCUCUGGUUGUAAAUUCCUGACCACAGGUUGCUUUAUCGGCCCACAAAACUUCGAUAUGUGAUGGUGGUCAGCAGUCAGCUUUCAGAUCUUUGCUCCCUCACUGAUUCUGCAGCUGAUUUCUUGCGUCAGACCUCUGAUCGCCAUUAGCUGCAGCUUCUAUUAAGCUCAUGACAAAAAUCAAAUCUAUAAUGUUCCUCUGACACCAAUUUUCUUCCCUCUGAAAUUGAAUCCGUGUCUACUUGAGCACAUCACCCGUUCACUGAGGAGGUUUUCUUAAAGGAAAACUUGCUGACAGUGCGAGCUUUUUUACAGCCCUUUUACCAGCUCAGCACUUUUGCCGUCGGCUCCUGUUGUGCGAUGAAUUGACCAGAAUAAGUCAUUUUUAAUCAGUCUUCAGCAUCACUGUUUGCAGUCGUAAUCUUUCCCCGUUUGGCUCUAACCCGCAUUUUCAGGCGUUGGAGCGAGGACAAAAAUGAACUUCACCUGACUAGAAAAUGUGUUUUGACAGCAUCCACCACUCAGAGGUGUGUGUUGAGCAUUUCUGACGCGAGUAUAAAAGUGUCAGUCUCAUUAAAAACCAAACAUGUCUGGAUAUCUGAGGAGGAAGGACUAAUGUUUUCUCUAACUGUCCUGUCACAGUGGUUUCCCUCUCUCAGCUCUCACUUCUUGCUCUAAUCAUCUCUCAUCUCUCCCUCCUCCUUCUUCUAUAGAGUCUUAAGGACCGCCCUCUUCCUUCACUCUUCCUCCAUUAUAGAAGUUUACUUUGUAAGUCAUUCCUCCUGUCUCACUGUCACUCCUGUCUCACCUCCCCGACGUCCCCCACUGACCUCCUCCGAGCCUUGUUGAAUGUUUUUGGUCUGGAGAUGUUUGCCGUUUGUCCGCUUCACUGAAGGAUAACAGAGCUGCAGUUCGGUUCCUCACAUUCUCUUCACUCUGCUUCUGCACAAGUCGAACGGGAGUGCUGUGUGUUUGUGUCUUUGGGGUUUUUGCAAGUCGGUCGAAGUCUCAGCCUUGAUUCCAAGAGGAAGUGUGUACACCGUGUACUCACAGAGCCGAUCCAUGUCUGAGUCUUCAGUACAUCCCAGGAGUGUCUCCCCGCUCUAGCCACACCAACAGGGCCUGCACCUAAAAAACACAUGUCAAACUGAGCAGCAGAGUUCAGUCCAGACGUGGAGUCAAUCACAGUAAAAGCACAAAAGGUCCUUUCAAAAUAAAACACCCUGUACAGACUCCUGGCUGCAUAUCGGAUCAUGAUAAGACAGGGGUGUCAAACUCGACCACAGCAAGGGCCACAAUCUGGGUUGAAGUCUAACCUGGGGGCCAAACAGAGUCAACAUUUCACCAAAACUGUCAACCUCCUUUUUAAAAAAUAUGUAACAAAAAUAGCAAUGACUAUAAAUCAUUUGGAAAUUUAAAAAAGAUAAGUUUAAAAGCAAUCUGAGAUAGAAAAUUUUGAAUUUUUUAUUCUAUUUUUAUUUAUUAGUUUAAAGGAUCAGAGUGUGAUAUUACAAAUAGAAAAAUAAUGCUUUUAAAGAGCAAAUUCAUAAAGAGAAUGUCGAAAUCAGGUUUAAAAGGUCAAAAUAUGACCUAACCUUUAAAAUUGGAAUCUAAAGUAUAAAAAUGACACAAGUCUAAAUACUGAGUUGAACAAAAUCAAAGCAUGAAAUAAAAAAAUCCAAUCAUGUUUGACUUGAAAUUGAAAACAUGAAAUAAAACACCAAAUAUUGUCUCCCCACAUUCUUGACUAUUUAUCAAAUCUUUCUUACUCUUUAAUUCCCCAGAUUUUCGUGUCUUAUAAAGGACAUUUUAAAUAAUGGUGCUAAAGUUUACAUUAUUAUACUGGAGGAAAUCUGCAGACUUCAUACUGGUGGGCCAAUAAUAAUACAAGUAUAAUAUGAUCUUGUGGGUCUAACAUAUUUAUCUACAUUUAAACCUGACAAAAACCUAAUUUUCUAAGCGUGCUGCGCACUCACUAACGGUAGAAGCAUAAAAAUCACAAAGAGUAACAUCCAGAGGAAGGUAAAUGGACCCUGGGCCGCUCUCUGGGUUUAAACUUCAAACGUGCCUCUCGGUAAGGCGGAGUACGUGGUGUUUGAUGGAGCAAAGCCGUGGCGCCGACAGACCACGAUGCACCCGCUCCCAGUGGAAAUCAGGGGUCCAACUCUUCUGACUGCUCAUGUUGCUUCAAAACUGCAGGUUCGGUUCAAGUCCUCUAAUAACACUCAGGUGCUUUCAUUGACAUCCAGGCUCAUAAUGAGGUUGAAGCCAAACUUUGAUCAAUCCUGUUUUGAAGAGAAAUGUCUCUCAGAUGUUUUUUUCAAGAAUUUAUAAUUGUAAUUUGUUUAUAUGGAAAUCAGUGAAAGUCUGAUCUUUUGGCGUGUAGUUUGUCUUUGCCCACCUGCUGCCGACACACGGCUGUGACAGACGACAUAAUUAUUUAUAAUGAUUUUCCUCUCGGUUAAAUAUUUACAGCCUUUGUCUGCACACGAAGUCAAACUCACAGACAUGUUUUCAUUUUCUUUUAAUGAGGUCGUCUCUCCGUGACGGAUAUUUUUUGUGAAUUUUUAACAGGCAGUGUGAUUUUACUUUUCCAUUUAAGACUCUCAAUAUCUCAACGUCUUCAGAUGAGACAACCAAGAGUAAUCUAUCAGUGCCACAUGAGAGUACACUUCAGCAGCACAACCGUCUACAGUGCUUCACACAUCUUAAAAUGUAAUAUAAAAGUCUUCAAAAAUGAUCUAAAACAGAAGCUUAAAUGAAAUAAGACUGCUAAAUAUGUAAAGAUGAAGGUGUUUUUAACGUAAAGAGAAAAAAAUCAUCAGUUCAUAAGGAGUCCAUGAAGUCCUUCGAUUAGAAAACAUCAUUAACCGUCUCUGAGUCACUGCAGUCGUGGAUAUAGACAGUCAGCUCCUGGGCACACGUCACAGCACACGUCAGCCCCACUGAACCCAGCAGGUCGUGUCUAGUUAAAGCCGAGUUUUGAACCUGUGAACGCAGCUUUUUGAAGUGUGAUUAUAACAGGCGAACAACAUGCGACGCCGCAGCGGCGUCUCCCGUGGCUCUCUCUCACCCAGCUAGCUGCGGCGCUAAUGAGCACUGUUACGCUUUCUAUUUUCAUCGUGAUGGAUUCUGCAGCCUUUUGUUAUUCCUGCCUGCUUAAUUCUUCAUUACACGGAUGGCUGUGCUGUCUCCAUGGCAACCCCUCUAAGCAACCAGCCGCACAGGUUCACGUGGCUUUUUUACCCUUUUUUACUCGAUCUGACCGGAGCUUGUUGUGAAUUAACUUAAGGUCACUGGACUGUUUGUUGACUCAGUCUUGGGGAAACGCUGCAGUUUACUUGAGACUGUUGUGAUUAUUUAUCGUGUGACUGACUGAUUAACACGCUGAAGAGCUCAUCCUGCCGCCUCCGUAAAAAAAGAGUGCUGUUCUUUUUUUGUUUGUUUCUUCUCUUUCUCUUCUUUCAGGUGAAUAAACCUGCAUGUUAAUAAAUCUUUCCCAGAAAUCAACAAAAGAUCUGCAGAGAGAGAGAGCAGCUUUGAAUAAAAUAAGAUCCAAACUUUUGGCAAAAUUUAAAAGUAUCACCCCUGGAUUUGUACCACCGGAGGACUCUCUGAUAAUGUGCAUAUGUCAAGGACGUGUGCUCUGGAUUUCAAGCCAAUCAACCAUGUUAAUAAUUCGUAGAGUAGACACCCCGGGUCAAAUCACUCUCCAUAUUUCGGGAUUUUGAAAACACUUUCCUCUGUUCAAAAAUGAAGCUUUUAAGGUCGAACUGAGUUGUAAUCCACCUGAAUUUUGAAUUCUCCGUCAAACAACGCCACAGCGGACACGCUCUCCUCCUCUUCUCUCAGGUGUUUUAUUUCUUUCUUCUUUUAUUUUCACUUUAUUUUGUAGAUAAACUAAGAUGCACUUUGUCCCGACACCUGGGUUUGGGUCAGCAUGUUUGAAGUGUCACAUGGUCACACCAGAAAACACACGUGCACGUUCUCGACUCCACUAAUCCAGGCUGAUACGCUGCGUCACGUCACUGCACAGAGAAUUAAUCGGCAACUAUUUUGAUCAUGAAGUUUCCAUUAAAUACUUAACAGGCUUUUUUUGCAGCCGUCAGAUGGAGAUGAAAAAAAAAAACAUUUACAGUGUGGAGAAAUGUUCUUCCCUCUGUUCUUUAAAUCAGCUGAUGAUCAAAAUAGUUUCAGAUUAAUUGUCUUUCUGGGGCCGAUGGUUUCGUCUGUUGAAUAUUUGCUCACUUCUCUCAGCUCUGUAAUCUAACAGCAAGAGAAUCCUCAAAAUUGGAGUUGGUACUCUGCAGGUCUACAGAGUCUGGUUCAUCUGCUCAGCUUCAUCUCCCUCUUCUCAAGUCUCAUUAUAUUUAAAGUCGUUUCUGUUUUUGUCUUUUUCUCAGGUGAAGAACAGAACAAAGAAGCACUGCAAGAUGCGGAGGAAGAGACCCAGUGA